GUGGCUAUAUAGUUUACACAUGUGUUAAAGGAUCUCUAAACAAUACGUAAACAAGAGCAUACUUACUUCAUAUGCAGACAGGCAGUCUGUUUCAAGAUGGCAGCUUCGAAUGUUGUGUUUGUGCUUUUAAUAUGCUUUAUCAUAAAUUCUUUCGCAAAACGGGAUAGUUUAUACGACUUCUUGUUCAACGGUGAUUAUGAGUUCAUUGAUUUGACACACCCCUUCGAUAACCAGACUGUCUAUUGGCCAAAUGCGCAGGUAUUCCGGUUCACUAAACAGAUUGGAGAUUAUGACGCAACAGGUUCUUGGUAUGCAGCUAAUGAUUUUACGGCCGGAGAACAUGGAGGCACUCACAUUGACGCUCCUUAUCACUUCGCCAAAACGGGUUUACAUGUUGGCGAGUUACCUCUCACAAAAUUAAUCGCAGCACUAAUAAUAAUCGAUAUCAGUAGUAUAGUGAACGAUGAUCCAAAAUUUGUGCUAUAUAAAACUCACUUGGAUCAUUUACUAUAUUAUGAAGACAAGCCGUCUUUGCUAAUUUUCAAGUUUGGAUGGAGCAAGUAUUUUAACGAUACUAAAAAGUAUUUGGGUCAGAAUGACAAUGAUAAUACUUUAAAUUUCCCCGGUUUGAGUGAAGAGGUAGUAGAAUGGAUUAUUUCUGCCAAUAAAAAAGUCGUUGGUAUUGGAGUGGAUGUGGCAUCUGUUGAUCCUGGGUCCAGCACUAACUUUCCAGUGCACAAAAUACUAUCUACGAAAGGUCUAUAUGGUAUAGAAAAUGUUAACUUAAGUCGUCAAAUUCCUGAAACAGGAUGUACAGCGUUGGCGUUACCAAUGAAGAUCGCUUUGGGCACAGGGGCUCCAUUGCGUUUGGUGGCAAUAUGCUCUAAACAAGAGCCUAAAUGAAAUUUUAAAAUAAAAGGAAACUAAUAUAAUAGUAAAUCGAAAAUAUAUUUAAAUCAAAUAAUGUAACAUUUUUAUGUGGUUACAAAUAUAGAGAUAACAAAAAUAA